AUGUAUCCCACCGACUUUGAUUCUCAGUAUCCUCAACAGUUCACUGACCCUAAUACAUUGCAUGACUACAACAACCCUAUCCAAAGACGACAAUCCAUAGACGUCUAUGCCAUACCUGAAGAUCCUUCAAUCCCCUUGAAUUAUUCAUAUCCAUCUAUUUCAUACGACUACCCAGACCCACAGGCUCAGGUCCAUUUACAUGCACCAGUACCCGUCCCUGUCCCCUACGGCCCACCUCACGUCCCAAACGCCUCUCGUCAACCUACCCCACCUUACGUGGAACAACCGUACUAUGAUCAUCAGAUCCCCUACCCCCCUUCAGUCCCCCAAUCCGCCAACACCAGUAAUCCAAAUAUCCUCGAUUAUUAUGCAAACGCGCCCCAGCUUCUUUUCCCAACCCCCUCAGAACUCCUGACAGAUCUUUCAACGACCUCUGUUCCAAUAUCCGCAACGUCCUUGCCUCAACGCGAGCAGUCUCAGAGCAGCGAACACAGCGCUGACCCUCCUGUCUCCGCUGCUCCUAACACGAGCAAGACAGAAAGUCAACGCAAGGCCCGGCAACGUGCUGUCGCCGAAGAAAUAGGUUUUAUUCCGACCGAUCCAGAUACUAUUUCAUCACACGAAAAAAAGCGACACUAUCUGGAGUGUCUUGAGCACUAUGUGCUGUAUUUGCACGAGCAACUGCGUCUCGUCAAUACCGCCCCGCUCUCGCUCGAGCGCGUUUCUACCUAUCGUGGUCUGAGCUCUCGCAGCAUCAGAACCUUGCUGGUGCACAUGCAGAACACGAACCGUCGCCUUCACGAAAAUACGCUGGAAGAGGAGCAGGUCUUUCUGGAUCUCUCCGCUGAAGUAAUGGCGGCGCACGGAGCAGACUUUCCUAUGAGGCGACAUUCAGUCGAUGUCAUCGACCAAACAAUUAGCAGCUACUCAUCUGAGUCCGCAAAUAUCGGUGCUACUAGUAGUGGUACCAGAGAUGGUGAUCGCGUAUUUUUAGGAACCGGGCUAUCGUUGAGCGGUGUUGACCAACGUCAGCUCCCCGCAGAGUAA